AUGUAUUUGUCUAUCUUUCGCAUUAUCACCUACUAUCGUUCUUCCAUCGUACUUUCGUACAGGACUCACAUCUCUUUUGCAAUGCCCAAAAAAGAAAUCGCUUACAAAGGUCGGGUGUUAUUUUUGCAUGGCUUCGCUCAAAGCUCUUCUGUCUUCUAUGCCAAGUCUUCGGCUUUGCGCAAAAGGUUCCAAUCUUUGGGCUACAAGACCAUCUAUCUUAAUGCUCCCAUCAAUUUGAUUCCAUCGGACCUUCCAUCGUCCGAUUCCUUAUCCAAGUUUAACACUGUGGUUGUUAAUGAGGAAGAAAAAACAAACUAUCGUGGAUGGUGGACCAAAAAGCCUGAUCAUACCUACAAGUUGGAUGAUGCUAUUGCCUGUGUGGAAAAGUAUAUCAAAGAUAACGAGAUUGUAUCAGGUUCACCCGAGGAUGACAAAUCGAAUCAGAUUCUCGAUAGCGAUCGUGAUUUGCCCAUCGUAGGGCUUGUGGGCUUUUCUCAAGGAGCUGCUUUUGCGGGUGCCUUGGUCCAUACUUUUGAACAGCUCUUUGGUGUGGACACUCUUGAGUUUGCCCUCUUAUACUCAGGUUUCAAGAUCGACACGAAGUUGAUGCCUGAAUAUGCUGAGCUUUAUUCACAAAAGAAUGGAAGUGAUACCAAUGUUCGCAUGUUGCAUAUUGUGGGCGAGCUAGACACGGUAGUAGGCGACGACAGAGCUUACACGUUGUACGAUCUGACAAGAGAAAACUCACACUUGUUGAAGCACCCAGGAGGACAUUUCGUACCGAACUCGAGAAUCAUGAUUGACCAGGUGGUGAACUGGAUUGAAAACAAAAAUGAAGAGAGUGAAAAGAAGGAAGAAAAGAAACCGAAGGCUGAGAAGUCAGAAGUUGACGAUCUUUUGGCAAUGAUGGAGAAGUUUGGGGCGUAA